UUUUUUCGGGGACGGGAACAUUUUCACUAUUUAUGUAUAGGAAAACCUCUAAAUACAGGACACUCUAAAUAACGGACNAAUAAAAACCUGAAUUAUUAAGUUAUCUUAUGUGUACAUUAUUAUACUGUAUAUGAAAAUCUUAUCUUAUCCGUUCAGUCAUUGAAAUAUUAUCGCGUCAACGAAGUAUUAUAACUAAUGCAUUGUCCUAUGUGCGUUUAGUUGUGUUUGUGAUGCCAACGUUUAUUGUAUAUUAUGCCAACGCAAUUUACUGGGUGUCUUCAUCUUCAAAAAACAUUCAACCCGAAACAGUGAAGAAAUGCUUUUUGCGGUCCGGCUUUAGGCACCGUAAUAACAAUGUUACAGACGUUGAUGAUCUACUUACACCAAUAGAAGAACUUGGCAAUCUUAUUAAAGUGAUUGACAAUACAAUUACGGAAACUGACUACAUAACACUAGACGAUUGCGUGGAGACUUAUGACGCCGAUAUCGAAAAUUCAUCUGAUACUACGAGCAUGUCUACACAAAAUGAAGAAGAAAGUGAUGAAGAAAAUGAUGGGUCCGAAGAUCAAGAAAUUCCAAAAAUAAGAAGUCUACGAGAGGCAUUGUUAGCAGUGAAAGACACACGUAAGUAUAUUUCUUCUAUCGAGGUACAGAAUAGUUCAUUGUUCUCAAACACAGUCCAAUUAGAAAAUGCCUUAACAUACGAAAUAACUACGCCUGCAAUUAGUAAACAAACUAAAGUAACAGAUUUUUUUCAGAAAUUAUGUAUGUAUUUUUAAGAUGUAUGUAUU